AUGGCGCUGCAAGUAUCAAUCCCAUCAGACCCAGGUGCCGAGCUGGAGGCCGGCGAUGAUUCCGCGGAAGAGCUGAAUCUUCAUCUUGGGAAAAGCCACAGUGAUCCAUUGGUCAGUAGAAGCCAUCGGACAACGGCGACGGGCCAUUCCGUGGACCUGGUUCCUACCAAGCCCAUGGCACCGCGGCCCUCGGGCCAACGCCCGGCACCGCGGGCACCGCGGAGCGGCUAUGUGCGGUCGAGGGGAAGCUCGGGCCUCACCCCUGUGAUUGAGAAGGAUGAAUCCCUGGAGUCAGUGGAGGAACACGAGAAUGGCCUAACCUUGAGGGAGUUGUCGCAGCGUUUCCAGGAGAAGAAGAGGGUCCGCGAGAAAUUCCACGGCCCAGCCUUAAGCUGGAGCAACUCCGCCAAUUCGGGCGUUGAUAUGGAUGAUUUGGACUUUCUCUUUGAUGAUGCACCAGAUAUUUGGCAGCGUGGCGUGACUGUUUGA